CUCUUCUUCUUCGAGCGAGAAAGCCGCGGAUUGACGUGUCGCUUGAGAGAUAAAAAGAAAAUCAUCAUCAAGCCGGCAAGAAAAGAAUCCGGACGAUUUUCACCGGGACGCGCCGUCGUGCAGUGACCAACUAAGCGCCUGGAUGCGGCAAGGCUCACGCGUGGUCCCGCUAAGCCUCCACCACCGCCUCCUACUCCUCGUCCGCCUCCGCCGCCGCCUCCGCGCUCCGUCGGCCGGCUACAUGCGCGCCGAUGCCCGGCCUGCUCCCCUCCAGGAGCCCGCAUGGAAACCGGGGACCAGAAUUUCAGGAGGAAGAGCAAGCAACUAAGCAGGCUGUGCUUUGAUCUCCAUCUUCUUCAGCUGCUCCUUUUCUUGGAUGGAUUAUUUUGACCUGUGGUGAGGGGCGUCCACGGUGGGCUUCUUUUCAAAAUGGCAGUUUUGCACACAUAGAGUUCUAUAGCAUAUGUGAUUCUCGCUUGGUUUGUUUUUUUCCAUUUUUGAGGGGUGUCAAAAGUGACAACCGAGUGAGAGGAGAGGUUGCAACCUGAUGUUUAGGUGGCCCGUUUUCCAGAACCGAUGGCGGUCCAUGUGCAAGCUGAGGAAAGGGGGCCCCCCCUUCGUGGAAUGCGGCAACAUGGGCGUGUUUGACCGCGGGGUUCAGAUGCUGCUGACCACGGUGGGGGCCUUCGCCGCCUUCAGCCUCAUGACCAUCGCCGUGGGCACGGACUACUGGCUGUACUCGCGCGGCGUCUGCAAGAUCAAGAGCAACAACGAGAACGAGACCAGCAAGAAGAACGAGGAGGUGAUGACACACUCGGGCCUCUGGAGGACCUGCUGCCUGGAAGGUUCCUUCAAAGGCAUGUGCAAACAGAUAGAUCACUUCCCGGAGGAUGCCGACUAUGAGGCUGACGCUUCAGAGUACUUCCUACGUGCAGUGAGAGCCUCCAGCAUCUUCCCUAUCAUGAGUGUGAUCCUACUAUUCAUGGGGGGGCUCUGCAUCGCCGCCAGCGAGUUCUACAAGUCGCGCCACAACAUCAUCCUCAGCGCUGGCAUACUCUUUGUCUCUGCAGGCUUGAGUAACAUCAUCGGCAUCAUCGUAUACAUAUCAGCCAAUGCCGGCGAUCCUUCCAAAAGCGACUCCAAGAAAAACAGCUACUCCUACGGCUGGUCCUUCUACUUCGGCGCUCUCUCCUUUAUCAUGGCCGAGAUGGUGGGCGUGCUGGCCGUGCACAUGUUCAUCGACCGCCACCGGGAGUUGCGCGUGGGUGUGCGGGCUGCCGACUACCUCCAGGGCGCCGCCAUAACGCGCAUCCCCAGCUACCGCUAUCGCUACCGCCGCCGCUCACGCUCCUCGUCCCGCUCCACCGACCCGUCACACUCACGCGAAGCCUCACCGGUGGGCCUCAAGGCCUUCGGGACGCUGCCCUCCACCGAGCUGUCCAUGUACACGCUGCCCAAGGGCCAGACAGGCACGCCCACGGCCACCUAUAAUUCCACGGAGAGGGACCACAACUUCCUGCAGGUCCACAACUGCAUCCAGAAGGACCUAAAAGACUCCAGCAACCCAGCCAACCGACGUACCACACCCGUAUGAAACUGACAGACACUUCCAAAGGGAGACUUUGGGGAGGGCGGCGGUGGGGUGAAAAUGUCAAGGUUUAAGAAAGGGUCUGGCACUUUGGUUUAUGUUUGACGGAAGUGGAACAAAAUGCAUAAAAGCAAAGGAAACAUGCAUGAUUUUUCCCAUCUACCAUUGUUUAACAAUUUGAUGUUUGUAAAGAUUUGAAGGGGUGGGGGGUGAAAAGAGGGAUCUGGGGGUGGUCUGUCCAAUUUAAAAGGCCAAAUUUAUAUUUUUUACCCUUCCUCGGUCAGGUGAAAAAUAGGUUUUGCCCCCGAUCUUCCCAGACAACCACCAUUUUGUCUCUUUAGUUUCUAUAUGUUCUGGAUUUUCUUCUUGAUUUGCAUAAAUACUGUGAACCACUGCGGUGUGCAAUUUUAGCAGGGAGCACUUCAGAGGCUGCAAAAAAAAGCAACAACAAAAAAAUAGCAGACAUGUACUGAUAAUAUAUAUUAAACAUACGAGUAUACCUGUUAACACGCCAGGACCAGAAUUUCCUGGCGCAGCGAGAAAAAAAAUAAAGUAGCGACGCUACAAGAGAUGCUAACAGGAACAAACCCAGGAUGGGAUGUUUGUCGGGGUAAAAGGCUCCGGGUCAGUUAGUUAUCCCACAUUUUUCUAACAGCAAAAAUGUCAAAAACACACACAAAAAAAUAAAAUACAAAAAAAAAAAAAAAACAUUUGACAACCUUUUGGCCUUCUGCCAAAAGACUGGCUGCCAUCUUUGUUCAGGGUCAAUGAACUGUUGGGGCAUGGUGGUGGGAUGAACCUCUGAGUCAAUGAAUGAAGAAAACUGUGGACAAUACAACAGACAACAUGGAACCCCUGAAAACAAUUAAAAAGCAAAACAAAAAAGAUUAAUUUACAUGCAUGCGAAUCCAAAUCAUCCAAUCUGCUUUUAAGGAACCUUUUUUUUUUUUUAACAAUGAUGCCAUGUAAAGGGCAGCAGGCGUGACAAAGUAGAACUUAAUGUUACAGUACUGUCUUUUUUUUUUUCUAUUUCUUGAUUAGUUUUUGUUUUCUUGGGAGUGUACCAUUUUUGGGGCUGGGGGCUUCAUGCCGCUUCAGACGAAAAGACCAAGCUUUAAAGAGCUUUUUAUUUCAUUCUUUCAGUUCUUUUGAACUCACACAGCCUUAUUAUUAUUAAUCUUAUUUUGUCUCAUGUUUGGGUUUUCUUUUCUCGCUCUUUGGUUCUUGCGUUGUGUUGUUGUAAAUGAUAAUUUAAAAGAAAACUGAAAAUUAUACAAGCGUAAUGUCUUUCAAGGUGCCAAAACUGAAUGAUUCUGAACUUGGAUGCACCAAGUUCUGAUGAUGAAUAAACCCCCU